CAACGCUCUGCGCCGCGCCACCGAGAAAAGCACUUCCUGCGCGAGGCAAGUAGCUGCCCAAUGGCGCUAGGAAGCUGCACCAUCGAAGCCGGAAACAUCGCUUCAAUGCCAUUCGUGUCCGGGCGCUUUACAGCGCGCACCUCUUUCCUGUGUGCAGUGGUGUACCGGCUGCUGAGCCUGGUGGCCCUCUGGGCGCUGGUGUUCGUGGUGGCCGAAGGACGCUACUUACCGACCAGGUCCGGAGACGAACUACGCGGGGAACGCCUGCGGGAGCUCAUAAGGACCCUGUUCGAGAGGGCCGAGCUGGAGAAGGCGGCGGGUCUCUACCCGUAUGCCGGUGACGGCCGUAGUGGCAUGCUCAGCGGUCAAGAAUGAAGAAUGCUGUCACGGUUGUUACCGGCAGCACGGAAUCCCCGAAGAAGCCACCCUUGAUUGAGAAUAAACAUUCUGCAGCCGCCUUCCACGAGCGGCGAGUGAAAUUUUACCCGUGUGCGGACUCCAUGCCUCGACAAGUUUGAAAAUCACCCGAGAGCAGAGAUCGCUGACGAAGAGCUAUCCUAAUGUCCCCCUGUCGCACCAUUUCUCCCCAAAAUCUGCUUGACGCGCCCUGCCGCUGUGGGGUCCCUGCGGCCCGCUGCCGAGCAGGUCGUGGGUUCGAUGGCUCGCCGCGGCGGCCCCACUGCCGCUUAAGCAAAAUGCAAGAAAUCAGUUUACAAUUUCCAAGAAAAAAUGGCAGUCAAUAGUCUCCGCUUGCAGUAGAUUUCUUCGGCUCAGAUAUUUCUCCCCUGGUGACUAGAAAUUAAAGAUGCUUUAGAAACCCUA